AUGGAGACUAUAGCCUGCAAUGAAUCAGAGGAGUCAUGGACCAUCUUCUACCUUAUGGGCAUCCCUUCUCUGCCAAAAUCCCUCUUCCUUCCUAUCUUCUUCAUCUUUCUCCUUCUCUACCUACUCAUCCUGGUGGGAAGCGCCCUGAUCCUGGUGGCCGUGGUGAUAGAGCCCAGCCUUCACAAGCCCAUGUACUUCUUCCUGAUCAACCUCUCAGCCCUGGACAUCCUCUUCACCACAACCACUGUCCCCAAGAUGCUGUCCUUAUUCUUGCGUGGGGACCGCUGCCUCAGCUCCCCUGCCUGCUUCCUGCAGAUGUACCUCUUCCACAGCUUCUCCUGCUCUGAAGCCUUCAUCCUGGUGGUCAUGGCCUAUGACCGCUAUGUGGCCAUCUGCCGCCCGCUGCAUUACCCUGCGCUCAUGACCCCGCAGACCAGUGCUGCCCUGGCAGCCAGUGCCUGGCUCACCGCCCUCCUUCUGCCCAUCCCAGCAGUGGUGCAGACCUCCCACAUGGCUUUUGAAAACACCGCUCACAUCUACCACUGCUUCUGUGACCACUUAGCUGUGGUCCAGGCCUCCUGCUCUGACACCAGCCCCCAGACCCUCAUGGGCUUCUGCAUCGCCAUGGUGGUGUCCUUCCUGCCCCUUCUCCUGGUGCUUCUCUCCUAUGCCCACAUCCUGGCCUCAGUGCUUCGCAUCAACUCCUGAGAAGGACGCUCCAAAGUCUUCUCCACCUGCAGCUCCCACCUCCUGGUGGUUGGCACCUACUACUCAUCCAUUGCCAUAGCCUAUGUGGCCUACAGGGCUGACCUGCCCCUUGACUUCCACAUCAUGGGCAACGUGGUGUAUGCUAUUCUCACACCUGUCCUCAACCCUCUCAUCUAUACGCUGAGGAACAAGGAUGUCAAAGCAGCCAUCACCAAAAUGGCAUGUCCCUGGAACCCAAAUAAUUCUGCAAAACCCUGA